UAUAGGCCAAUGCCAAAUAAGCGUCUCGAAGUCCAGUGCCCGGAGGAGCUUGGUAAUUGGCUCGACCUUGGAGCCGAGGAGUGGGGGGAUACGAUCGGUGCACGAUUCAAGUAUUGAGUCAACCUUGGGUCCUGGCUUCGGGCUAACGGCUACCUUGCCUGCAUAACGAAUUGGCAUAAGUCCGGAAUCCCUCUUCUCGGCGAGAUCGCAAACCAUGGGAGACUGAUAGCAUGGUUCAUCGCUGUUUCGAAAACCUGAAAUGCGUGAGAGCUGAUGGCUUUGUCACGUCCUCCUCAUGAAGUCUCUCUUUUUUUUCUUCUUCCUCCCCAUCCCCCCUUUCCCAACGCUCUUCUCCGCUCCGGAGCUGACGAGCCAUUCGUUGCUCCGCCUUGGAUCCGAGUGGGUGUCGGCCGUGAUGCAUGUACGUCAUUCGGCACCGGCAGUCAGUAUAUCGCCUCGUCUCGCCAUUAAGGGCCUUUCUCCGGGGCCUGGCGCUCUAGACCGAGGGCGAGACUAGGAAGGCAUUGGAAACGAGAUACAGUGCGUCGACAGCCCCGGCGAACAGCUGGCCAGGGUCUCUCGGCGGACAAGGCCGUGCCGGGAUAGAAAACCAAUAAGCAGAAGGUCAUGCUUCACAAAGGAAUGCGAACAAUUGUGAGAACUAAUUGUUUGCUCCCUAGUGCGUGCGGUCCACCGAACGGUGCGCCAGGGGAGGUGGAGUCGGGCGGAUCAGGUCUACCGGGCUUGUCUCAGAGCAGUACCAGUAAUAAACAAAGCCCCCAAAUCCAGCCAUCUGGGUGCUCACGAACUUUUUAACUUUUACGAUCCCUCCAGCCCAUCGUCCAGGGGGGCUCGUCAUCAGUAUUGCACCGAAACGGGGGGGGCCCAGAGCAGCAACAGCUCAGGACAUGGUCCCUGUUUCUCCCCUUCCCCCUUCCGAUUCAUCCAUUUACCGAGACAGACUCUCUUCUCGAUUCAGCGUGGUUCGAACGUCUGCAGCCCCAAUAGGAGGAACUCAAAUCACGCAUGAGGAAAUUGGAAGGGGGGAAGACGGACCUGAACAUGCUGGGUACGGCAACUACUCAGACCCAGUUGUCACGUAGGAAAAUCGAAACGAGACUGGUAACAGUGUGGAAGGACACUUUGACCUUUAUUUAUUUCAUCAUUGUUAUUGUUGUUCCUCUCUCAAGAUCCCUCCAUUGUGCCUGGCUUGUUUUCCAGCG